UGCAUUUACAAAUUAAUAAUGACGCCUAAAUACGGACGAUGUACAAGUUUAUAGUGUGUAAUAAAAUAUAUUCAGCAUAUGUGUAUGUAAUACGUGCUAAAAACUUAUUCUAAAUGUGUAUUCAUGGUUAUAUGCGAUUAAUGGAUUGAAGGUCAUACGAAAGAUUAAACGAGGCUACAAACACACCAGACCCAGAUCAAGACUAUGCGAAUGUAUUUAAGCUGUAAAUAUAAUUGAUGUUAAACGGUUUCAUUAUGGCCACAAAUGUGCACAACUCCGAGAAAGGCACUGAGAAUUGGACGAAGUUACACAAGUUGUUCAAACUUGGAAAUGAAAUAUGUAAGCGGCUGCUAUUCGACUGCAUUCAACAGACGGGUUGUCAAGAUCUCCGCACAUUUCUGAGCAAACAUGAAUCAGAUCUCAAGCUGAAACUUAAUCGGAAUCGAGAGCAAAUCGCUUUGCUGUUUCCGGGCGCUCCCCUAGAGCCGAAUAUUAAAGACUGGGACAUUUCUCUAGUUGCAGUUGUGUUACGAAAGUGUUGCAAUCUACCUUCGACUGAGUAUCAAGCCUUAAAUGCUUUUACUAAAAUGAGGAAUAAAAUUGCACAUUUGGCAGAACCAAAUCUAGAUGAGCAAGAGUUUCUGACUUAUCAAAAGGAAUUCAAGAGGACAGUAAAAGUACUUUUGAACCAUAUAAAGGAUCCACAAUUCAGGGAUGAGAUUUCUAAAUCUGCCAAAACUAUAACCCUAGGAACACCAGCUACUGUAACCCUAGUUGCUGUCCAGACGUUUUUGCUAAAAAUCUACGAGCAACUUAAUGAAAUUCAAGUUCUGAAAAUUGUUUUUAAGACUGUCAAUGUGAACAAGGUUUACGUGGAUUCAAACAUAGUCAGCGUUAAACGCCGGUAUGGAUUUUCGGUUGACGAGAGCAGUGAUGACCGUCAGAGGGUGACCACGUACCGAGAAUUCUUCGGUGAAACUCCGACAAAUGUAUACUUGCUAGGUUCUUCUGGCCGAGGGAAGACAACAUUUUGUCAUCACAUGGUUGAUCAUUGGUGUCAGGAAAUCCGCUCCAAACACGGAGGAGCUCCUGAACAAUCCGAAGAAACAUACCUAUCAGACACGUUUGAUUUCAUCUUUUUCAUAUCCUUGGAAAAGGCUGGUUCCAUUGCAGACAUGAUCAGGAGGCAGCUCUUCAUUGAAAAUCAGCACUAUUAUGAGUUCGUUAUGAAGUACUUGUUGACGAAUGCCCAUAGAGUUUUGCUGGUAUUGGACGAUUUGGAUGAAUGGCAAAUGAUAAAUCCUGGAACAUUGCCUAGCCGAGAACAUUUAAACCAAUGUAUUACACUUAUUACACUUCGACAUUCGGAGAUUAGCACGAUACCAUUGAAAAGCAAAGACUAUUUGUAUGAGAUAAAGGAACUCUGUGAAGAAAGCGUCCGAAAGCUUGUGGAAAAUAUUGCAGUACAAUUGUGCGGGGACCGAGACAAAAGACGAGUACAUAAAUGCCUAGAAGAUUUGCAAAAACAACACAUUAACGAAAUCCCAAUGGUUUUGACAUUCUCCGUGUUUAGUUGGUACAAAUACGAAAGUAUUGGGCAAUCCAGAGUUGACACACAUGCCCGUAUCAUACGAUUUCUAUUGUCUACACUUAACAACGAACAUGUACAAGACGAUUGUCCAAAGUUGAUCGAAAAGCUUCCGCCAAUAUUUAGCGCAUUGGAUCUAUCUAAGGCAUCCAAACAUAUUAUUUUAAGGUUAUCUAGUUUUGCAUUUGAGUUUUUGAGUGACCAUGGCCCUUCGACCUCCGAAAAAGACCUGGCGGGACUUCUAGGUGUUGACAUUCUUCGAUGUUGCUUACGGACAGGCUUACUGGUUAUUACACGACGGUAUGAAUCGCAGGUCACAGACGAUUUGUAUGUGAAAUUCUAUCACAGAAGCAUUCAAGACUUCUUGGCCGCUACAUUCAUCGCGACCGGACCAUCAAAAGAACAACGCCUUUCGAAAUUGUUGAACCAUACGUCAACAUACCAGCGGAUUCUCGAUUGUUCUGAUGUAUUCGUAUUUGUGUGUGGAUUGAUGCCGGAACACACAAGUAAACUUUCAAAACACAUAACAGACGUUGCCUCACAAUCCAAGGAAAUUUUAGCAUUCCGUUACAGUCUGGACGAAAGAUACAGUUUUGCUCGAGGGCGGCACAUGUCCACAUAUAAAUUUGUGAAAAUGACUCAAAAAUUGCAACUUAGGUGCUUAAGAGAAGCUGAGAACAACCUGAAAUUUUCUCAACAAAAGCAAUUUGUCGUAGAGACUGCAUACGGUGUACCGUAUUACAAUGCUAUACAAAAAGAUCCAAUUACCAUUUCUCUAUCCGACGUAAUGAUGACUGAUACAGUAGACGACAGAAUUGUUACGCUUGCAUUAAAACAAGAUCCGCAUGAUGUCAAGUCAGUUUUUGUUGACAUGCCCCUUGUUGCUCAAACAGAUACUGUACAACGUAUUAUUGCGAAAGCAGAUUCACUUGUUCGACUGCACCUGGACGAAAGUUGCUCGAAAAUUAUAUAUUUGUUGGGAGAAAAGAAGUUUCAACUCUUGCAAUCAUUGACAAUCAGCUUAACGCCCUUACCAGACAACAAUAAUAUCCCGUUGUGGUUAUUGAGACUCCCUUCUCUUAAGUUCCUUUCGAUGAGCGUUCACGAAAAUCACGAUAAAAUUGAUCAAAUUAUGGACGGUCUUUGGUGGAGAUUUAAUCUUCUAGAAGUACACCUGGAACGAGUUCGCUGUGUGGACCACCUGCAUAACACAAACGAAUGUACAUACGAACUAGAUCUGAGAAAACAUUCACACCUCAAACAUUUGAGAAUUGGAGAAGUGUAUGCUAACGCUAUAUAUGUUCCAAUCUCUGUGCAAUAUUUAGCGGUAAGUGGCAAAACGAAAAACGUCAGCUCAAUCUGGCGUUGCCUAAAUGUUCCAACUAACAAUGUCGUUUCUUUAACGAUUGGCCAAGCGCCGUUUAUUUGGGAACAACAUGAUUUCCAUGCACUGUAUGAGUUGAUGCCUAAGCUGAAUCUUUUGAAAUUUUUGACCUUGUUAGGAUUCAAAUACUAUGGCCUAGUAUUCAGCCCAAGUGCAAGACUGAAGGAAAUAUUCCUGUACGACGUUAUGUUUGACAAAAAUGGAUGGAUGAAAUUCCUCGACAGUUUGAAUAUGGCAAGCGGUCGCAAAACAGUAAUAGAGAUUGUAGACUCGUUUGUAUUCAUCCUCCAAGGUGAAACUAUUAAUGUUGUAACGGAUGACGAAAUCAUUGGUCGAAUACAAGAACAAUUCAAUGAAGUCAGCACGACACGGACAUCUUUAAAAUCUAAAACAAAACGGCAGCAAUAAGGGACAUGACGUUACAAGUUUUAUUUACAACAUAAAUGAUCUUAACAUUAAAAUAAUAAGAGAGAGCAUUUAUUCCUUAUAAACCAUAACUUGGUCUGAUGUGCGCAUAGAGUAUGCAGUCGAUAUAAACGACAUUAUUCAAGUUAGAAACGAAACUUUAACACAUCUUUCCCCAUCUUGUAACAGACAGUUGCACUGACACGUUAUUACUGUUUCAAAAGUUUCAAAUAUACUUCAUGUGCUCAAAAUCGUCAUAUUUUGUUAUUGUAUAGAUUCAUUUGCUUGUACUGACUUCAAUCGAUGACAAUACAGAUAUGCGCAUAAAUUGCGAGCAAUCUCACAUCGUGUGUGUUAAUUUCGGUGAUAUUUUUUAGUGAUUUAGUGUGGUUUGUCGUAUUUAUAGCGUUCGUAUGCAGAUGAAACGAACGGAAGGUUUUAUACGUUUAUACAAUUAUUGUCACUUAGCAGCGGAGUUUUAUUUACAUGUACAUUUAAUACAAAACUAUAUUGAUUAUUAUGAUGACAAUGAUGAAACAUGUAGUGAUGAUAUUCAUUCUUAAUUAUGUUAAUCGUUUAAAGACAAACUAACACCAAUGAUUACUUUUUAAACAUUUGCAUUGAUAUUUUGUCAUACAUAUUUAACAUUACUGUUUAAAUGUACAUGUACUAAGAUGUUACAAUGCAGAACCUCUAUACAAAGACCACCUAGCCAUUAAGGCGAAUUUUUUUAUAAAGUUCCUUGGUUGGUAUUAUUAGCGGGAUUUUACUGUACCACGUUAAAUGUUGAGACUGAUUCGCGAGAGCAAAUAACUUGAAUAAAAGUGGACUUAAGUGUUAA